AUGAAGGAGCAGCGGGGCCAUCGCCCCCUGCACGAGGCGGACGAGGUGCCCUCAGGGGGCGACAACGCCGCACGGCCUGCCGCAGACGCGAGUCCAUUGGGCGACCAGGCCGGCCCUCUGGCGGUGCAUGUUGCCCAGGCGGGACAGCCUACGGCAGCCCUUGAGGAGCAUGACGCGGUCGACGAGACGGCCACGCUGCUGCCACCGGCCCAGGAGGCUGUGCCUAUGCAGCGCAGCGCGCGCGAGGGCCUGGGCCGCCUGCUGCCGUCCAGGCGGCGCUUGCCGGCGGCCGCAGCCGCCGGCGCUGCAGCCGCCAGCAGUGCCCCUGUGCCGCUGGCCCCCGCCACCUCCCCCGGGCUGCUGUCCUGCCUCUACCUGCCCCGCCGCCAGUCCGGGACGCCGCCGCGCGACCAGGCGCCCCGCCGCGGCAGCGGCUGCGCCAGCGACAGCAGCGGCGGCACGGCCUCGCCGGCCGCGGCCAGGGCUGGCUCUGCGCCUGCAGCGGGCUGCCUGUCGUGGCUGCGCCCGUCGCCGCACAGCAGCCCCCUCGGACGCCGCGCCGCGUCUGCCGGCUCGCCUAUGAGCCCUCUGUCCCCGAUGGCGAGGAGGGCAGCCUACACGCUGCACGCCGCCGCGUGGACGGGCGACACGGCAGAGGCACGCCAGCUGCUGGCGGCAGGCGCCGCGCCAGACAAGCGAGACAGGGCGGGCAUGUGUGCGCUGUCGCUUGCGGCAUGCCGGGGGCACACGGAGGUCAUGACGGCGCUGCUUGACGCAGGGGCCGACGUCAACGUGCAGGAUGGGGACGGCCUGCUGCCCAUCCACUAUGCCGCCUGGCACAACCAAGACGCUGCUGCCAGUCUGCUAAUGGACCGCAGCUCGGCACUCAACCCCACCUCCCAGGAGUCUCGCUGUCCCAGCACUCCACUGAUAUACGCGGCAAAGCUCGGCCACGUGGCCAUGAUGCGGCUCCUCAUGGAGCGCGGCGCCAGCAUACUCGGGCCCACCAAGGAGUCCAGCACCGCGCUCCACGAGGCGGCGGCGGUGGGGCACGCAUCUGUGGUGGAAGCCCUCCUGGAUUACGGCGUCAGCCACGACCUCUCUACACGGAAGCGCUCCUUCCGGGCGCUGCACAUGGCGGCGCUGCACAACCACGUCGCGGUGGUCAGGGUGCUGCUGCGCAGGGGAGCCUGGGCCAGCGCUGCCGCAAAGGAUGGUCGUACACCCCUGCACAUCGCUGCAGCUGGCGGUUUCCUCGACAUUGUGCGGAUGCUGCUGGGCGCUGGCGCCGAUGUUGACGCGACAGACAGGGACGGCUUGACGCCGCUGCACGCGGCCGUCGCCCAGGGGCAGCUGCACGUGGCGCAGGCGCUGCUGGAUGCCGGCGCAGAAAUCGCAGCCGUCGCUAGGGACGGCGCCCGCGCCGCCGACCGCGCGCGCGAGCCGGGCCUGUCCGGCCUGCUGCGCGCCGCCGUGCGGUACGGCGCUGGCUGGCCGCAGCCCGCGGAGGCGCCGCCAGCCGACCCCCAGCCCGACGCGGCGCCCUCGGCGGCGGCGCGCCCGAGGAGCGCCCCGCGGUCCAGGCGCGCAACGAGCCCGGGGGUGCCGGCUCGGCGCGCUGCGAGCCCCGGCGCAACGCCCGGCGGCGCUGCUCAGCGCGCGGCUCCGCUGGCGGUGGGCCUGCUGGUGCCUCUCGCGGUUGCUGCUGCUGCUGCCCGGCCCGCGGCCAGCACCCGCGCCGCCGCUGCGGCACCCGUGGCGGGCCCCAGCACGGCGCCACCAGUUGCGGCCUUGCCAGCAGCCGCGUCGACUGUGAUUGCGACGGACGCUGGCCGGGCCGCGGCAGAGGGCGCGGUCCAGCCGCGAGCACCUCAAGACCUGGCAGGUGAGCUGGACACUGACCUGGCGGCCGGCCUGGACCUGCGCGCCGACCUGGAGCACCUCUACUCCCUUGGUCUGCACGAGCGCCGCCCCUCCUGGACCCUGCCCGCCGCGCGCGAGGGCGGGGGCGGCCUCACGCCCUCGAGCGGCAGCCCCGGCCAGGGAGCGGGGGAGGCGGAAGAAGGGGAGGGCGGCGGCGGUGCAGCCGCCACCACGACCGCAGCCGCGACGGCUGGGGCGGCGGACGAGCCGCCAAACAGCGGAGCGGCCGGGACCGCAGGCGCGGGCGAGGGCGAGAGGGCCUCGGCCUUGGCCUUGGCCGUCCCCGCGGGCGCAGCCGAGCAGGUGCCGGCCGCAGCCACGCAAGGGCCCCUGUGUGACGAUGACGACGCGCUGCUGGCCCACCUGCGGAGCGCCCUCGGCGCCCCUGAUGCGGCAUACGACGAGCCUGUGGGCGCAAUGCAGCAUUACGGCCAGCAGCAGCACCAGCAGCACCAGCGCCCUGGGUCUGCGGAGGACGACGUGGGGACGAGCUUCGACCUGUUCUUCCGCCAGCCGGCGAGCAUCGGCAUCGAAGCGCCGCCGCCGCGCGCUGCACUGGGCACGCCCAUGCGGCGGGAGGGCGCGAGGGAGGGGCAAGGGGCGGCGGACCAGCAGCGCGCUGCGGCAGGCGGCCCGUCGGCGGACUGGGAGGCGUCGCCUAUGCGCGAGCCCGCGACACCGCCGCGCGCCUCGGCGGCGGCGCAGCUGCCGGUCGUUGCCCCGCACAGCAGCGGCGUCAAGGGCAGGGCGACGCGCGUGCCCGUGGCCCCGCCCCCGGAGGACGAUGCGGCUGGGUCGAGCGACAAGGGGGCGUCUGGGUCAGGCCUGGGCGGCGGCGGUGGCGGGGUGGUCAAGGGUACCGGCGGCGGCAGCAGGCACGGCGCGAGGCGUCCGUCCUGGAGCCUGGGGCCUGAGAAGCGGGUCGAAAAGUAG